AUGAAGGCCAUUCGAGUCUCCCUUUCAACGGCUGUCUGGGCGGUUGUUGGCUUCCGCCAGGUCCUGGCUGAUGUCCGCAUCCCGGCUAUUCCCCAAGGCACGGAGGGUCUCACCGAUACUUGCAUCAGGGUUCUCAACCAAGCGCUCAACUGCGACGCCUCUCUGAACUGGGCGACUGAAACCAACAACUUCUACAGCAAGAGUACCAUUGACUUGCUCUGCACGUCCGACUGCAGGGCGUCUCUCAAUGGGUAUAUAGAACAGGUGAAGUCCGCCUGCGAGACAAGCCGUUACUCUGGCCCCAAUGGCCUCAGCUACCACGCCGGCUAUACCGCCCAGCUGGUGUGGGAGAGGUUCAACAUACUCUGCACGUCCAAUCCUGCCGGUGAAAACUGCAACCUGCUCCUGGGCAAUCUGGCCGGCAUCGACCCCGAGAACCAACAGCCGACAGCCGCGGGUGACCCGAGUCUGAUGUGCAACGAUUGCGCCCUGUCCGUUGUCAAGACCCAGGUCGAGAUGCCCCUCGCGUCCAACGCCGACAUCUCCAGCGCCCUCAGCUCGAUCGCGUCGUCCUGCAAGACGACCGUAGCCGUCACCCCGCCCCCGGCCGCGAGCCCUCCCUGGGUCAAAGUCGGCACGGCUCCCAUCGCAACCUCGACAGCGACGCCUGUGUGUGCCGGCAAGACGUACAUUCUCCAGGACGGAGACACGUGCCAGUCCGUCGCGCAGAAGCAGCGCAUCAACACCGCCCAGCUCCUGAUGGCGAACAAUCUCCUAGCCGGAUGCUACAACUUCCCCACGGCCGCCGGCACCGCGCUGUGCAUCCCCUCGGCGCUCACGUGCGACCCGUACGUCGUGAAGAGCGGCGACACCUGCACCACCAUCGCCAACGUUGCCAAGGCCACGUGGGCUCAGAUCGUGUCCUGGAACGCGGACCUGGGGAGAUCAUGCCAGAAUGUGAGACGCUACGCCGGCAAGGUGGUCUGCAUCUCGAACCCGGGAAGCACCCGGGCUGGGUCCGGCUCAGGCAUCACCGCUUCCAAGACAUCGACGGCGACAUCCGCGAUUGACACGGUGUUUACUCUCUCCAUGAGACCGAUCCCGAUGGAUAACGGCCACACAAACGUCAUCAUCACCGACAUGUGGGCUGGGAAUGAUGAAGAGGAAUUGUGA